AUGGGUUACCCACGAAGUAAAGUCUUUACUCGCACCAAAAGUGGAUGUCUCACCUGCAGAGAGCGUCGAAAGAAAUGUGACGAGCUCAAGCCCACUUGCACAGGCUGCGCCCGCAAUUUCAUCCGUUGUAGUUGGCCUGUCCCUCGGGAUAUGCAACAGAACUCACCACCGUCGAGGCCAGUGCCCGCAUCAACUAGGGGGAUUGAUUGUAAAAAAGACAGUGAUUCCGGCCUCCUCCUUCCUCCUUCCCUCGUCAGCAGCAGCAGUAGCAGCAGCAGUGAUACUGCAGACACAGGUCGCUUCUUCGACGAGAACUUGUCGUCACAGGAAUCCGUCUCGCCUGUUAUCAGCGUUGUCGAUGUCGAGUCCGGUGAUGAAGAUGAACACACCGCAGCCAUAAUCAGAUGGCACCCAAUCCAGUCGUCAUUCAUAAGCGCAGAGCGAGCUAUUGUUCAAACCUCCAGCUCCGCUCUCUUGCUUCAGCACUACCUGGAGGAGACGUCCACGUUCUUGGUGGCGAAACCUCUCUCCAGCAACCCUUUUAUCACUGUGGUCUUGCCUCUGGCAUGGUCUGAUGAUCUGCUCAUGCACUCUGUGUUGACCUUGAGUGGGGUGCAUCUCAGCCAUACAACAGGGGGAAAUUUGGACAUUCAACUUGCCACACGCCAGCAUUAUUCUCUUCUCUUGCAGAAUCUUCGGUCAGUAUUUGCCGGUGAGUCUGCUCACCAGGAUGUUCAAAGAACUCUCCGUCUGCUAUUAGUCUUGGCUGUUGUUUGUCAUAUUGAGGCCAUUUCCGGUGAGCCACACGGUGGCAUCUUCCCACAUUUGAGGGCCAGCCGCCAACUUGUCCUAAAGCUUCUCAAGGAGCCUCGCCAAAAGAUGUGCGGCGACGUCAAAUUCAUCCAAGGCUUUGCCCUCGAAGUAUAUUUCUAUCUUGUCCUGGUCAACAGUAUAACGCCGUACGGUCGAGACGAAACUCGCGCCAUCCCAUUCGACUCAGUUUUCACCUCCUUCGACUUUUUGAAGGAGUACGAUUCUUUUGGCGUCUUCUUCAGUUGUGGGCAAGGUCUCUUCGAGUUGAUCCCUAAAAUUUCCAUGCUAGCGAUGCAUAGGCUCGCCGAAGAAGAGUCCGUGGAGAGCAGCGCGAGCGCGGAAACAAGGGUCGAUUACGUUAGACUGGUGGAGACACUAAUGGAAUGGCAAACACCGCCCGUGGCCUCGGAGAUGAUUGAAUGGGAAGCGGAGCAUAUUGCAACAGGAGAGAUAUAUCGGCAAGCUCUCUUGGCUUUUAUAAAAGCGUCCAUGUGUGGUUCCGUUGUCAACAAUCCCAAGGUCAUUGUGGCAAUCCAGCGCCACCUUGAUACUGCACUCCCCCUAUUCCCGCUCGUUAUGCUGUCGCCCUUUCAUACCUUAUUGCUGUGGCCGGUCAUGAUACUUGGCUCUUGCAUGAUCUGCGAGCACCAGCGCAAAGACUUCAUUUACAAUUUGCAUCAUGAAUCAAGGAUCAACGUACGUCAGGUGAGAGAAGCCGCCAAUCUCUUGGAAUAUCUCUGGAACGACGAGGAUAAAUGCAGUUAUGGUCCGUACGGGCUAUAUCUAGUCAUGAGGAAACACCACAUCAAUUUCAGCAUGGCUUAGGCUGGUAACAAUUAUUCCCUACGAGGAGAUGUCGACGGUGGAAUUCCCAUGUAAAGCCUUCUGAAUGGCAUGACAGACUUGUAGCGCUUCCAAUCCAGCUCUACCGUCACAAUUAGCUGACUCCUGGCCGCGAAUAACCUGAACAAAGUGGUCGAGCUGCCUCUCAAAAGGCACGCGCGGGUCCGAGUCGAUUUCCAGCUUUUGGCGCCGAAUUGACUCGAACCAACUCGGCUCUACAGUCGCGGCGUAGUUGGAGAGAGUCAUGUCAGGGAUACUCAAAGUCCCACGGGUGCCGAAGACUCUGUAGAUGUCAACCUCAUCGUCG